CAUCCCCGUGUUUUCUGCCGAGUUUUGUGUAAAUCAAAAGCUAGCAAAGUUUGUUACAACUUGCGAGGCUUUAAUCCCGACCUUCUUUGUGGAUCUCCCUUCUUUGUGCCUCAGUUUCCCUAUCUGUAAAAUGGGGAGAGGUCUACUGCCUCCUUGAAGGGGGCUGUAAAAUUAUGUCUUCAAAGUGAUUGUUUUGGAGGUGGCACCAGAGAGAUGCCUUGAAAAGGCUAAAACGAGUGUUUUGCUUCCUCUUUGAGCACCUCUCCAGGUAAGCUUGAGUUCCACCCCAGCUCUUGUCCGGUGAUAGGUAAGUAUGCCCUCUGCUGGCCGGGGCAGGAGCUAAACCCUGGGAAGUGGGGAGAACCAUGUGGCUCAGGGAGAUAUUUCCGAGAGUAGUAAAUGGAAGGGGGUAAACAGACGGGUCUAUAUAUAUGAUCAGAUUAUUAGAGGUUAAAGGGUUAUAAUUUAGUUCUGUGCUUGGAAUGCAGACGGCAGGACAAUUUGCGUUGUGAUCGAUGGUUCCGCCUCUUGGAUUUCAGUUCACUUGGUAUGUCCCAGAGCGCAGAUCAACAACUUCAGCAGACCUGGGCGAGGAGCGUCCUGGGAAAUGUAGUUAGUAGGCGAGCUUUCCGCGCCGUAGCCUGGUGCCCUCAGAAGAAAGGGGACUCCAUUUCCCGAGGUCCCCAGGAUACUGGGGGGUGCGGAGGGCCUCCGUGGCGUCGGGCACCGGACGAGCCGGGGGUGGGGGCACCGAAGCUGAGGCUUCUCGGCCUUGGGGGAGCAUCCGUGCGGCCUGAUCCAGGCCAUGUCUAUGUGAAGACCCGCUGCAGCUGUCCCCGACCCACCUCGGUCCUGGUCUGACCUACCCAGCCGCACACCAUGGGCUCCAUCCUGAGCCGCCGCAUCGCGGGCGUGGAGGACAUCGACAUUCAGGCAAACUCGGCCUAUCGCUACCCUCCGAAGUCCGGUGAGCGGAUGGCGAGGCGCGGACUCGGCGGAAACUAUUUCGCUUCACACUUUUUCAUGGGAGGUGAGAAAUUCGACACCCCCCACCCUGAAGGUUACCUUUUCGGAGAAAACAUGGAUCUGAACUUCCUGGGCAAUCGCCCAGUCCAGUUUCCUUAUGUCACUCCUGCCCCCCACGAGCCGGUGAAGACGCUGAGGAGCCUGGUGAACAUUCGAAAAGACUCACUCCGGCUCGUAAGGUACAAAGAUGGUGCCGACAGCCCCACCGAGGACAACGAGAAGCCCCGUGUUCUCUACAGCCUGGAGUUCACCUUCGAUGCUGAUGCUCGGGUGGCCAUCACCAUCUACUGCCAGGCGGUGGAGGAAUUUCUAAAUGGGAUGGCUGUGUACAGCCCCAAAAGCCCUGCCCUGCAGUCUGAGACCGUCCACUAUAAGAGGGGGGUGAGCCAGCAGUUCUCCCUGCCCUCCUUCAAGAUUGACUUCUCAGAGUGGAAGGACGAUGAGUUGAACUUUGACCUGGACCGGGGAGUGUUUCCGGUGGUCAUCCAGGCCGUGGUGGAUGAAGGAGAUGUUGUGGAGGUGACUGGUCACGCCCAUGUGCUGUUGGCUGCCUUUGAAAAGCACGUCGACGGUAGCUUCUCUGUGAAGCCGUUAAAGCAGAAGCAAAUUGUAGACCGGGUCAGCUACCUGCUACAGGAGAUCUAUGGCAUUGAGAAUAAGAACAACCAGGAGACGAAGCCUUCAGAUGAGGAGAACAGUGACAACAGCAAUGAGUGCGUGGUGUGCCUGUCAGACCUGCGGGACACGCUGAUCCUGCCCUGCCGCCACCUGUGCCUGUGCAACUCCUGCGCCGACACGCUGCGCUACCAGGCCAGCAACUGCCCCAUCUGCCGGCUGCCCUUCCGGGCCCUUCUGCAGAUCCGGGCAGUGAGGAAGAAGCCAGGAGCCCUGUCCCCUGUCUCCUUUAGCCCCGUUCUGGCCCAGAGCAUGGACCAUGACGAGCACUCUUGUCCCUUUAAAAAAACAAAGUCGCACCCUGCCUCACUGGCCAGCAAGAAACCUAAAAGGGAAACUAGCUCUGACAGCGUCCCGCUGGGCUAUGAGCCCAUCUCCUUGCUUGAGGCACUCAACGGCCUUCGAGCCAUCUCCCCGGCCCUCCCCUCGGCUCCUCUAUAUGAAGAGAUUACCUACUCGGGCGUCUCAGAUGGCCUAUCCCAGGCCAACUGUCCACUUGCUGGACUGGAUCGAAUCUUGGAAAGCAGCCACCAGAAGGGCAAGUCAAGGAGCAAAUCCCCUGACAGCACCCUACGUUCCCCAUCGUCUCCCAUCCAUGAAGAGGAUGAGGAGAAGCUCUCCCAGAACUCGGACGCCCCUGCCUUGCUGAGUGGGACGGGGCUGGUGCUGAGCAGCUCCCCAGAGAGUUUCCUCACGGAGGAGGUCGAUGAGGGGUCAUCACUAAAACAAGGGAGCCGCGUGCCCUCCAUUGAGAACGUCCUGCAGGAUGGCAGCCUUGAUCCCUGUGGCUGCUGCCAGCCUGGCCCACCUACUGACAUCUACCUUCCAGCCCGGGGGCCGGACUCCUGCUCUGUUGGCGUAGAGGAGUAAGCUGGAUGGUCCACUUCCAUGGAGAUGCCCCGAAGCCUCCUCACCACUGGCCCCACCUGGCCCCAACUGCUCGGUGGCCCCAGUUGUGACAUUGGGGCCACUGACGUGACUCCAAUCUGAGAGCCUUGGCCAGGCUGGCAGCAUGGAGCCCUCAGCUUCCCAGACUUUGCUUAGGGGCUGUCUGGACCCCAGUGAGACUCCUGGCAUCUCCUGUCUGCACACCCGUCACAUCGCAGCCCUGAGGGGCCCUGCGCCCCUUGGCUGAAGAGCCUAGCGGACUCCCCUCUGACAAAAGCUUGUUUUUGUGGUCUCCAUAUUGUAAAUGGUACAGGACGAAGGGCAGUGCCUUUCUGUCGCGGGCACUGUGCUCUAGGGCUUCCCCAGUCGCCUUGUCAGCUGAGCAGCUGGGGCCGGGAGCUAGCCGCCCACAUGUCCCAGACUGGCUUUGUCCAGCAGCCCCCCAGCCAGUGGGGGGUUAACACCCUGCGAACUCAACACACUGGCAGGACAGGAUAUAAUGGGUGAAGUACUGUCUUCACAGGAAUUGUUUACUGGGGUGCUUGUCAGGGAAGGAAAGGAAAGUGGGUCUGAGUCAUGGUCACUGAAGGAAAUGGUGCCUGUCCCCUACCCCACGUGCGUGGCCUGGCUGGUACUGCUGCUUCGUGCCCUGUGUUCCCCUUCCUGUUCAGGCCCUUUGGUGUAGGUCUGCCUCCCAUAGCUCGCAGCCCUUCCCCACAGCCCUGCCCUCUGGGCCACCCAGGUUUCUGCACUCCGGCCGGGUCUGGGUCUGCCUAGGGCAGAGGUGCAAGUGCACAGCCUGUUGGCAGCAAUUGGUCUAGUGGCCCCCCUCCAAGUCCUGCACCUUCUCAGAGGUGGCUUUGCACACACCCUCAGACCUCCUUCACGUGGAGGGCCCCUGGAGGGACCCGAGCAACUUCUCUCCUCCCUCUGUGCCAUUUAAAUGUCACUUUAUGUUUCUCUUUGAUUUGUUUGGUCUGGGACUCCUUGGUGGGACCUGCCUGGGGGAGUUGGCCUCUUUUAUUAUUAUUAUUUUUUAAAUGAUAACCACCUGGGCAACAAAAAGGCAGAGGGCGUACCCAACCCUGGUGCAGCAGGGCACAGCUGCCUCAGCCAGCGACCUUGGCCUGGGGUGUGGAUGGAUCUGUGCAGCUCCCCACCCUGGGAUUGGGGUUUGCAGAGGAGCUCGCUUUCUGAGGAACUGCUCUGGGAAGCGUGAUGGUUCUGGUUUUGGGACAGGCAGCAGCUGUCCACAGAGCAUCGCACAAGUAGGGACUUUGUCCAGUGGGGUCCUCAUUGUCUCUCCAGUUGGGCCUGAGCAGAGCACUGCCUUAUGCACAGCUCUCGGCCAUGCUCAGGCCACCUUACCUGGCCACUUGGCUGUCUAGCCUCCCCUCCCACCUGCUGGUGCGCUAAUUGGUGCACACUAGCACACACAAGCUGGCCAUCUCUCUCCUCUCCCCCUCAUCACCCACCAGCACCCUGGCCUCUCGCCAGCGGUAUUGGUGCCAGCACUCUGAAGGACAGGAUGCAGACUGCCCUGUCUUGGACUUACACGCGCUAUCAUUUGAUGUAUUCUGAUGGGCUAGUUUUUGUUCGUUUUUACUGUAUAUUUAUAGUAAUAAAAUCAUGCAGCAUUA